AUGUCUUACAACUUUACAGGGACCCCAACGGGUCAUGGGACAGGUGGUGACUCACUUACCACCGAUUUAAACACACAAUUUGACCUAGUCAAUAUGACGUGGCUAGGUGUAUGUACCUCAGGUGUCUGGCUUAUGGUGCCUGGCAUAGGUCUGCUGUACUCUGGUCUUUCCAGAAAGAAACACGCCUUAUCACUUCUAUGGGCAUCGCUCAUGGCCGCUUGCUUAGUGAUAUUCCAAUGGUUCUUCUGGGGUUACUCACUAUCAUUUUCCCAUGAAACUAGAGGAAACGGAUUCUUGGGAACUCUAGAGUUUUUUGGUUUUAGAAAUGUCCUUGGUGCACCAUCCGUCGUCACAUCAGUACCUGAUAUCGUCUUUGCCAUCUUCCAAGGAAUGUUCGCUGCUGUAACUGGUGCUUUAAUGCUUGGUGGUGCUUGCGAAAGAGCUCGUCUAAUGCCAAUGAUGAUCUUCCUAUUUCUAUGGAUGACAAUCGUCUACUGCCCCAUUGCAUGCUGGACAUGGAAUGCGGAGGGAUGGUUAGCUAAACUGGGUGCUCUGGACUAUGCAGGCUCUGGACCUGUUCACACGGCCUCCGGCCAUGGUGCUCUUGUCUACGCAUUAAUCUUGGGUAAGAGAAACGAUCCAGUCGCCAAGAAAGGUAUGCCAAAGUAUAAGCCACACUCAGUCACUUCUGUUGUGCUGGGUACCGUCUUCCUAUGGUUUGGAUGGCAAUUCUUUAACCCAGGUUCUGCUGGUAAUGCUUCCAUUAGAGCCUGGUACUCUGCUAUGAACACAAACCUGGCUGCCGCAUCUGGUGGUCUAACUUGGUUAUUCAUCGACUAUUUCAGAACUGGCGGAAAAUGGACCACCGUUGGUAUGUGCUCUGGUAUCAUUUCUGGUUUGGUCGGUAUUACACCUGGUGCUGGCUUUGUUCCAAUUUGGUCUUCAUUUAUCAUCGGUGUGCUUUCUGCAGCAGGCUGUAACUUAGCCGUUGACUUGAAGAAUGUUCUGCACAUCGACGAUGGUCUUGAUGUGUAUGCAUUGCAUGGUGUUGGUGGUUGUAUUGGUUCCGUGCUAACCGGUAUCUUCGCAGCUGAUUAUGUUAACGCAACAGCAGGUUCAUACAUCGCCCCAAUUGCAGGAGGAUGGUUAAACCAUCACUGGAAACAAGUGGGAUACCAAUUGGCUGCUAUUUGUGCAACAAUUGCCUGGACAGUCACCAUUACUGCAAUUUUGCUUCUUGCCAUGGAUCAAAUUCCAUUCCUGAGACUAAGAUUAAGACCAGAAGAAGAGGAACAAGGUACUGAUGAAGCGGAGAUUGGCGAGUUUACAUACCAAGAGGAACAAGAAUAUAUUCCUGAACCAGUCCGUUCAAGGUCUCCAGGUAUGCAACCAAAAAUGUCCUCCAUUGACGAUAAAAUUACUGGACCACAACAAGUGAUUGAUUCAAAGCUUUCUGAGUCAGAAUCAGGAUCUAAUGAGGCAGGCUCUAAUAUGGGUGAAAAGCAAACAGUUUAA